AUGACAGUCCGAUCAUCCAAUGAUGCGGAAUCUAUUUCACGAGUUCAAAUCGCAAAGAAAUCCAUGUGGCAGUCAAUCUUCGACAACCCCAAAGUCCUAGCUAUUGCCUUCUUCGCCUCAUUCGGUGGCUUCGAAUAUGGCUACCAACAAGGUGUCCUCGGCCAGUCCUUGGUCAUGACCCGCUUCACAGAGAACUUCCCAACAGUAGUAGCUUCGUCCACCGCAACAGGCUGGUUAACCUCCAUCCUGCAACUGGGCGGUAUCGUCGGCUCCCUGGCAGCCGGUAUCUUGGGCGAAGUCUACUCGCGAAAAUACACAAUGUUCUUCGCCUGCUGCUGGGUCAUUCUCGGUAGCUACCUGUACAUCGGCGCGACGGCCGGUAACCCGGCCAUGUUGUACGCGGGCCGAUUCUUCACCGGCCUUGGCGUCGGCUUGUUCAGUGGUGUGGGGCCGCUCUAUAACGCCGAACUGGCAGCUCCCGAAAUGCGUGGUCUGCUUGUCUCAUUCUACCAGUUCGCUACUAUUCUCGGAAUCAUGAUUUCUUUCUGGGUGGGCUAUGGUAGCAACAAUAUUGGUGGGACUGGAGCUGGGCAGUCGGAUCUUGCUUGGCGUCUGCCUUCUAUUAUUCAGGGUAUUCCUGCUGUUGCGCUUGCUUGUGGAAUUUGGUUCAUGCCUUUCUCUCCCCGCUGGCUGGUCAAGCAGGGUCGAGAUCAGGAGGCUCAGGAUACUAUUGCUUGGAUGCGGAAGCUCACUGUUGACGAUGAGCUUGUCCAGAUGGAGUACCUUGAGAUUAAGGCUGAGGCUGUCUUUGAGGAGCGGGCAUUUGCCAAGGCUUCGCCUAAGCUCGCAGACAAGGAGAAGAAGAGUGUCUUCAUGAACCAGAUCGCCCAGUACACCAACUGCUUCCGGUCUAUGGAUAACUUCAAGCGCGUUUGUAUUGCUUGGUUGGUUAUGUUCUUCCAGCAAUGGAGUGGUGUCGAUGCUAUCAUCUACUACGCUUCCAAUGUCUUCGUCAGCCUCGGACUGACUGGUGGUACCAUUGCUCUUUUGGCAACCGGUGUGACCGGUGUCGUUUUCCUCAUCAGUACCAUCCCCGGAAUGUUGAUCAUCGACAAAGUCGGACGCAAGCCCAUGCUCCUGGGUGGAUCGAUCGUUAUGCUCGCUAGCAUGGUUAUCGUUGGCGUGAUUGUGGCCAAGUUCCAACACGAUUGGCCAAACCAUGUAGCAGCCGGCUGGACCGCAGUUGCUUUGAUCUGGCUGUAUAUUGCAGGCUUCGGUGCCACCUGGGGCCCUGUCUCAUGGACUCUCGUUUCGGAGAUCUUCCCGCUCUCCAUUCGGGCAAAGGGUGCCUCCAUCGGCGCUUUCAGCAACUGGAUCAACAACUUCGCUAUCGCGUUCUUUGUUCCCCCUAUGCUCCAGAACUGGGAAUGGGGUACUUAUAUCUUCUUCGCUGCUUUCCUUGCCUGUGGCAUUGUCUGGGUUUGGUUCUUCCUGCCUGAAACCAAGGGCGCGUCUUUGGAAGAUAUGGAUCGUGUUUUCAAGAGUAAUGCCGGCGAGCAGGAUGCAGAACUUCUCCGUGAAGCGCAACGCGAUGUGGGCUUGACUUCGUUCCUUGAGCGGAUGUCUGGUAAUGGUGGUGAUCUCGAGAAAAAUGAGAGAUCUCAGUAUAUUGAGAAGGUUUGA